UAUUUUAUAAUGGCAACUUCAACUCUUUUUGUCUUUGCAUUUGUCAUGCUCUUUCUUGCUACACAAGGGAAUUGUCAAUGCGAUGCUGUAUCACAAUUUAAAUUUAUUCAAAUUCCGACGGGACAGAAAAUACAAAAUAAGCCAGAAUGGAAUAUCACCGUGACAAACGAUUGCUUGUGUACAAGAGACUAUAUUAAAUUGGACUGCAAUGGAUUUCAAACUGUAGAAAAAGUUGAUCCGUUAAAAUUGGUGAUCACCGGUACUGAAGGUCUCCUUAAUAACGGAGACGUUGUUCGUGGAUAUGAAUCCGUUAGUUUCACUUAUGCUUGGGAUAGCCCUUUUCAGUUUAAGGUGAUUAGCUCCCUAAUUGGUUGUUCUUAAGGGAAGA